CAUACACAUACACAGGGUCGAUUGGGUUCUCUUCCUUUGGAAUUCCCCUCUCUCCCCCGCUUCCGUAUCGCCUUAGUCACAUUCCCGAUACAAGACACGUUCCUUCCUUUCCCCCCCUUUUCCAGUAACUCGUCCGUAUGCUUUCUUCGACCGUCGCUCGAUACGCUUUGCGUCGGACUGCGAAUCCCGCCGUCGGCGCCGUCCGCAAUCUCAACGUACACGAAUAUAUUUCGAUGGAAAUCAUGAAGAACCACGGUAUCCAAACACCGGAAUGUUACGUAGCCAGCAAUCCGGAAGAAGCCGAGAAUAUCUUUUUGAAUUCAUUGAAUCGACCCGGAGCUCCCAAAAAGGAUAUCGUCAUCAAGGCCCAAGUGCUUUCGGGAGGUCGCGGCCUCGGAACCUUCAAGAACGGUUUCAAAGGCGGGGUGCACAUGGUCACCAAGCCGGGUCAGGCUCGCGAGUUCGCCGCUGCCAUGCUCGGCAACGAGCUCGUCACCAAGCAAGCCCCCAACGGCAUUGUCUGUAAUAAAGUACUCUUGAUGGAACGCAUGUACAUGCGUCGGGAAAUGUAUUUGUCGAUCCUGAUGGACCGGGGGUCGCAAGGACCGCUCUUGGUGGCCAGUCCGAGGGGCGGAACCUCCAUUGAGGACGUGGCCGCCACCAACCCCGAAGUCAUAUUUACCCAGCCCAUUGACAUUACCGAAGGUCUCACGCCGGAGGGGGCUCACCGCAUGGCGAGCAAUCUGGGUUUGGAAGAAGGUUCCACCGGACACGACAAGGCGGUCAUACUCAUGCAGAAUCUCUAUAGCAUGUUCAUUGCCUGUGACUGUACGCAAGUCGAGGUCAACCCCUUGGCCGAAACUCCGGAAGGCGACAUUGUCGUCUGUGACGCCAAAGUCAACUUUGACGAUAACGCCGAAUUCCGGCAGUCGUCGAUCUUUGCCCGGCGGGAUACUUCUCAAGAAGACGUCCGUGAAGUCGACGCCAGCAAGUACGAUCUCAACUACAUCGGACUGGAGGGGACCAUUGGCUGCAUGGUCAACGGAGCCGGCCUGGCCAUGUCGACAAUGGACAUUAUCCAGCUCAAGGGCGGGUCACCGGCCAACUUUUUGGACGUUGGCGGUGGGGCCAACGAAACGCAGGUCCAGAAAGCCUUUGAAAUUCUCAACUCGGAUUCGCAGGUCAAAGCCAUCCUCGUCAACAUCUUUGGUGGGAUUAUGCGCUGUGACGUCAUUGCCACCGGAAUCAUUAACGCGGCCAAAGAAAUCGGUAUCAACAAACCCAUUGUCAUUCGUCUGCAAGGCACCAACGUAAACGAAGCCAAGACAUUGAUUGAGGGUUGUGGGUUCCGUAUGAUAUUGGCAGAGGAUCUGGAAGAUGCGGCCGAAAAGGCCGUCGGAGUGGCCGAGAUUGCGGCCCAAGCCGAAAAGAUCCAGGUAGGCGUCAAGUUUGAAGGCUUUUCGCUUUAAAAUGUCACAAGAGCCACACUGUGGGAUACCUAUACGUCAAAGUUUACUCCGUAUCCCAAUGACGAACCAUUUUGGCCUAGUUAAAUUUACCACUUUUUGUUGGAUU